AUGCCUUCCCUUCUUUCACAUCUGCUGCUGAUCACUGCCGCUGCCAGCCUGGCCGCCGCUGCUCCCGCCCCCUCGCGUGUUUCCGAUUUCACCAAAAGGUCUUCCUCAACCUGCACGUUCACCGAGGCAGCUAGCGCCUCGGCCAGUAAGUCUGACUGCUCUACGAUCGUCCUGAGCGAUAUCGAGGUCCCAGCUGGGGAGACGCUCGAUUUGUCGGAUCUGAGCGAUGGCACUCAGGUGAUCUUUGACGGCACCACAACCUUUGGAUACGAAGAAUGGAAGGGUCCUCUGAUUCGUAUCUCCGGCUCCAGUAUCACCGUGACGGCCAAUGACGGAGCCGUGAUCAACGGUGACGGCUCUCGCUGGUGGGACAGUGAGGGAACCAAUGGCGGGAAAACCAAGCCCAAGUUCUUUUAUGCUCACUCCCUCGAUGACUCGACCAUCUCCGGCUUGACCAUCAAAAAUACUCCCGUGCAAGCCAUCAGUGUCCAGUCGAACAACCUCGUCAUUGAGGAUGUGACCAUCGAUAAUUCGGACGGCGACGACAAUGGUGGCCACAACACCGACGGCUUUGAUAUCAGCGAGUCCACCUAUAUCACCAUCACGAACCCGACUGUCAAGAACCAGGAUGAUUGUCUAGCCAUCAACUCUGGCGAGAACAUCUACUGGAGUGGGGCCACUUGCUCUGGCGGCCACGGUCUCUCCAUCGGCUCCGUUGGCGACCGCGAUGACAACACCGUGAAGAAUGUCACUAUCACCGACUCCACCGUGAGUGACUCGGCCAAUGGAAUCCGUAUCAAGACAACCUAUGAUGCUACUGGUUCGGUCAGCGAUGUGACAUUUUCGGACAUCACUCUCUCGGGUAUCACCGAUUACGGCGUCGUGAUCGAGCAGGACUACGAGAAUGGCUCGCCUACCGGUACGCCAACGGAUGGUGUUCCAAUCACCGGUCUCACCGUGGAUGGCAUCAUCGGUUCGCUCGAGGAUGAUGCGGUGGAGGUGUACAUCAUGUGCGCCGAGGACAGCUGUACCGACUGGACUUGGGGCGAUGUCAGUCUGACCGGCGGCUCUACCAGCGACGAUUGCGAGAAUGUUCCUUCGGGCGCGUCCUGCUAG